AUGAGUCAAACUGGAGGAUCUUCAUCUUCUCAUUCAGUGGCGUUUAGGGUUAUGCGACUUUGCCGUUCAUCCUUCAAUGUCGAUCCUCCCCUUUGUAUCGAUCCCGACGACCUCUUAGUCGGUGAAGACCACUUCGACGUUCCCUCCGCCCCUUCCGCCGCAGACCUCAUCGCUCCCGAUUCCGAUCUCAGUUAUCGCGACCGCUUCCUCCUUCAUCACUUCUCCGAUUCCAUGGGUCUCUUUGGCCUCCUCGUUCUCCCUCAGCCCUUCGGAGCAAUUUACUUGGGAGAAACUUUCUGUAGCUAUAUAAGUAUAAACAAUAGCUCCAAUAUUGAAGUCAGAGAAGUUAUUAUCAAGGCUGAAAUACAAACAGAGAGACAGAGGAUACUUUUGUUAGAUACGUCGAAAGCACCAGUUGAGACUAUACGUGCUGGUGGGCAUUAUGAUUUUAUUGUUGAACAUGAUGUCAAAGAGCUUGGACCUCACACGCUGGUUUGCACUGCAUUGUACAAUGAUGGUGAUGGAGAGCGUAAAUACCUUCCCUAA